AAGUGCGGCUUCCUAGGUGACGGCAGCACCUGCUAGCCACCGGAAGUGGAGCUGGGGGCGUCUGGAAGGGUCUUGGGUGCUAGGGCUGGGGUCUGAGCGAUUUGUUCGUGAGUCCCGCCUCCUCAUCUCUAGUGCCCCGGCUGCCUGCUCUGUACCCGGAGAGAGUUGCGAUCUCUAAGCGUUCUUUUGACUCGGGAGCCCCAGGGGUCCAGGCAAGAGGGGUGUCUCCCCUAAUUCCCGUAGCCCCCGAAGGGGUCCCGUCGUGCCUGAGUAAGGUUUACCGAGAUUCCCUAAGCGAGCUUUAGGAUUGGGACCAGGAAAGGAGGAAGGAGAGGGCACUGAAUCCCCCAGCCCUUGUCCACAGGGCAGACCUUUCAGACCAGCGAGGAUCUCUAAGCGUCCUUUAGGUGUGGGCCCGCAGCUGCCCUCUCCCAGGCCCCCAGGAGCACGGGCUGGUCCAGCCCUAGGAUCUCUAAGCGUCCUUCCUGAGGGGCUGGCUAGGAUCUCUAAGCCUCAUUGGACGCAAGUAAGCCCCCCACCUCUUAGAGACUAUGGCUUCGGCCUCCGGCUCAGACCCGGGCCGGGACAGCUCCUUGCUGGCUGCAGAGCUGAGGGAGGAGGCCAGAGCAGAGGCAGAGGAGGAGAACAGGGGCCUGUGUGAGCAGAUGCUGCUGCAGGCCAUGCAGAAGAUUCUGGAUGCCCAGUCAUCCAUGCCUGACUCCAGGCAGAUCCAGCCCAAGCCUGGUUUCUGCGUCAAGACCCGCUCCCCGGAAGGAAAGGUUUUCAUCAACGUCUGUCAAUCGAACGCCAUCCCGGCCCCGGCCGAUCUCAGUGAGCAGGAGCUGCUGUGUGUGCUUGAGGGGGACCAGGCUGCCUUCCGCAUCCCCAUGAGCCUGGGAGAGCCCCAUGCCGAGCUGGACCGAGGAGGGAACGGCUGCACUGCCUAUGACGUCGCCAUCAACGGUGACUUCUAUAAGAAGCUGCGGAGUAAUGAUUUCUUCUUGGAGUUUUUUGUCACGGUGGCCAUGGAGGGUUUAGAGGACAAAUAUGGGACCCAGCUCAGCCGAGAGUGGCGCCUGCUGAAAUACCGGCCCUUCCUGGGCUCUAUCUCCCAGCAGAACAUCCGCACCCAGAGCCAGCCGCGGCCUCCGACUAUCCAGGAGCUUGGGGACGGCACCGAGGAUCCCCCUCUGAGGCUUUGGCUAGAGGCCCCAGACCUGCUUCUGGCUGAGGUGGUCUUGCCCAAAGUGGACUCUGCCCGGGAGCUCUCACUUCAGCUUGGGGGGGACCGACUGGUCCUGGGGUCACCUGAGCCCCCCUAUCACGUGGACAUCUUUGUCCCCCAUGAUAUUAGCCAGGAACAGUGCCGAGCUGCCUUCAACCAGAAGAGCAAGACCCUGAUGAUCUCCAUGCCCCUGCAGACAGCCUGCUCCUGAGCAGCAGGACCUGGACCCCUUGGGUAGAUGUCAGGCACGGCCGGACUGCCUCCCUCGCCUUCCCGUGGCUCGCUAUAAAAUAAAAGAUUUUUACCUGGAA